AUGGCCUCGCGAUGGUGGCUCUACGUCCAGGCCGUCGUCUGGCGGUUCCUCAUGCGCAUCGGCAUGUUCCUGCACGACAUCACGCCGCCACGUUGUUCUCGUCCCCAGUUUACCCGGACCGUCAAAUCCGACUCCCACGGUCACCCUGUCACCAUUCACUUCUACUGUCCUCCUGACUAUCACCAACAGCGACGGCUAGGUCAUCGUUACCCGGUCGCUGUCAACUUCCACGGCGGAGGAUUCACUCUGGGCUGCGCCACGGACGAUUCCCGCUGGGCGGCCUCGGUGGUUGAGCACGUCGGGGCCGUUGUGGCCAGCGUAAGCUACCGACGGGCACCGGAGCACCCCUUCCCUGCGGCGGUCGAUGACGGCGUCGAGGCACUGAUUUACCUCGCACGGCAUGCCGGAGACUUGGGUUUGGAUGUGAGCCGCGUGGCGCUGAGCGGGUUCUCGGCGGGCGGCAACCUGGCCAUAACGGUUCCCCUGCGUCUGCAAGGCCGCAUCUCGAGCGAAGUCAAGGAGAACUUUGGCCGAGCGGAGUCGACGCAGCGAUUGGUCGACCAGACCAGCCAGCUUCACAUCGUGGCUCUGUUCUGCUGGUACCCGAUUCUCGACUUCCUCGAGUCUCGCGAUCAUCGCCGGGCGAUGAGCAUCAUGCCAAACAAGUCCAUGCCCAAAUUCUUCACCUCCCUCUUCGACGAAUCAUACCUACCCGACCUGAAUGAUCGCUCCUCGGUCUUUGCGUCUCCCGUGCGUGCCUCCGAUCGCAUCCUAUCCGAGGCUCUGCCUCGUGACGUGUGGCUGUACAUUUGUGAGUGGGACAUGCUGAUGAAGGAGGGCCAAACGUUUGUGCGCCGCCUGGAGGGGCUGGGCAAGCGAGUGCGUGCCAUGAUGAUCGAGAAGGUCCGACACGCCUGGGAUAAGUCUCCCAACCCCUUCCGGGACCAAGACAGCGUGAAUAUCCUCUACCGCGAUGCUUGUGCAGACAUGAAGGCAAUCUUCGAUCGGUGA